AUGGCAGAGAAACAUCAUCUAGUUAGCCUCAUAUGUCUCUGUGGACUAACUGUGGUUGCAGUUAUCUCAGUUCAUGGAGAAUCCAAUGAACAGCCCAUCAGCAAUGACGAUCACGCCGCGUUUCCUUGGCAACUGUUGCCAUACAACGAGGAGCUUACGGAGCAGGUAUCCAGAUAUCGGGCAAAGAUGUCAAUGCAAGGUGACUCUUGUUCCUGUAUGACUCUGAACACACACGGGGUGUUCUUCGGCCCAUUGGAUGACCAUUUAUUACACCGGCGGACUCGGGAGAUGUCAAAAUGGAAAAGUGAGCAACUGCUGACAGAGGAGCCACUGAGCUUAUGUCGAGGCAUGUCACCGUUAAGUUACGUGGGCGGCGGAAUCACAGUUGAACCACUGAAAACUGUACGGAUAGUCGGUCUAUCACUGCACGAUACUGUUACUGGGGAAAACAACUACGAAAUAUCGCUGACUUCAUCAAAUCAGUUAGGUGUGAUUUUAGUAGAGUCCCCGUAUAAUUCAGCGAGUUUUUCUGGCAACGGAACACACAAUUUAGUGAUACAGACCAUCUCAGAUACAACAACAGUUAAUAAUCUGCUCCAACAUCUGCUCUACAAAAGUACAAUUUAUGAUAUUCAUGCGCGCGAUGUGCUGGAAGUUAAGUUUUUCAAUUACAAUCUAAAUAUCAAUGUUGAAGUCAAACGCCAUCUACGUCCAAGAAUAUAUAAUAUAAAACGCAACGAUGAUAUAACUAAAAAAGUUACCAUUAUCACAAAGACGUUUGAGCGUUAUAAUUGUCUUGAAACUCUAAUAGAAAGCCUAAAUGUGUACUAUCCUGGUAUGACAGUUCUUGUAGCAGAUGACUCCGAACAUCCGCGGACAAUUGACGCGCCAAACGUAAAGCAAUACAUCAUGCCGUUUGCCGAAGGAUGGUUUGCCGGAAGAAAUCUACUUCUCAGCCAACUGACUACAAAGUAUUUCGUAUGGGUCGAUGACGACUACAUAUUUACAGAAAACACAAAGCUUGAGAAUUUUCUGGAAAAACUUGAAGAUACCAACACGAAAUUAGACGUUGUGGGCGCUUUUUUCGAGGACGAGGCCGGAAAUAAAUUUAUUCGCAACCGUUUUUAUAAGACGAUGGAAUUAGAUCCCGGGGACGAGGAUGGGGACUGUAUGCGACGAGACGGUACCUACCACAGAAAGUUGGAGGGUUAUCCUAGGUGUAUGGUGGUCGAUGUGGUUACUAAUUUUUUUAUGGCAAAGACCCAGUCAGUUCGAGCAGUCGGGUUUGAUCCGGCGUACCAACGGAUUGGACAUACUGAAUUCUUUCUUGAUGGGUUCGGCUCACUACGUGUCGCAAGCUGCAAAGAUGUUUUUAUAAUUCAUAAGCGUGACAAUGCCGGGAAUAAAAAAUAUGUUGAAUUUCGUAAUAGACAACGGGGUGGUGACGAUAAACACGAAAAUAUACAACAUACAUUAUUUAAAAACAACUUGCAUUGUUUUAGACUCUGA